AUGAGGUCGUCUAUGCUGGUCCUGCUCCUUUUCUUCAGUGCCCGGGCUGCGGCUGCCAUCAGAGGGGACUCGUGCGCCGCCACGACAGCACAGCAGCAGGAUCCAGGCAACAACCCCAGCUUCAUCCCAACAGUGGACCCCAAACUCUUCACCAAGCGCCGCUACCUCUCACCCAGGGUGCUGUUCAGUGCUCAGCCCCCUGAUGCACAGCCGGCAGGGCCACGGGGUGCCGGCAGGAGGACCCGCAGGGAGGCGGGGAAGACGCCACAUCGUGGGGUAUACUCAGUGUGUGAGAGUAUCAGCGUCUGGGUGGGCAACAAAACCAAGGCCACGGACAUCUCAGGCAACGAGGUGACAGUGCUACCAAACGUGAACAUCAACAAUGUCAACAAGAAGCAGUACUUCUUUGAGACGACGUGUCACAGCGCCCGUGCAGGCAACCAAGGCUGUCUGGGAAUCGAUGCGAGGCACUGGAAUUCCUACUGCACCAACUCACACACUUUUGUACGUGCCCUGACUUCCUCUAAUAACCUGGUGGCUUGGAGACUCAUACGUAUCAACGUGGCCUGUGUGUGUGUGCUCAGCCGCAAGUCAUGGCGGCAGUGA